GGGGUUGAGGGGGUUGGGACGCGAGUGCGGUCUCUCCUCUAUGGUCGCGGGCCGGGGGCACUCAUCUCCGCGGUACACUCUAGGUUACUUCCGGAAGUGAAGCCUCUACCUCCUCCUCCGCUUCCGUGGGGGUCGGGUUUGGGGGUAAUGGCUGGGUCGGCUCCGGGACGAGUGGAAUGGUAAGCGGCGGCACGGCAGAGCGUGAUUUAAUGAUGCUUUGCAGUGGUUUUCUAAGUCUGAAAUUUCCUACGUCUAUGGAUCCCAGAUUUUGUUAAGAGAUGGAGGAGCUUAACAAAAACGAUCUGAACACUAUGGGCCUGGAGAACGAUGACCUUCUACAAAGCACCAGCCCUCAAAUUUCAGUUAACGAAUUUUCUUGCCACUGCUGCUAUGACAUCCUGGUUAACCCCACCACCUUGAACUGUGGUCACAGCUUCUGCCGGCACUGUCUAGCUUUAUGGUGGGUGUCUUCGAAGAAAACAGAGUGUCCGGAAUGCAGAGAAAAGUGGGAAGGUUUCCCCAAAGUCAAUAUUCUCCUCAGGGAUGCCAUUGAAAAGUUAUUUCCUGAUGCCAUUAGAAUGAGAUUUGAAGACAUUCAACAGAAUACUGACAUAGUCCAAAGUCUUGCAGCCUUUCAGAAAUAUGGCAGUGAUCAGAUUCCUGUAGCUUCCAACACAGGCCGAGUGAAUCAGCAGAGAGGAGGAGGAUUCUUUUCUGGAGUGCUCACAGCUUUAACUGGUGUGGCAGUUGUCCUGCUCGUGUAUCACUGGAGCAGCAGAGAAUCUGAGCAUGACCUCCUGGUCCACAAGGCUGUGGCCAAGUGGACAGCGGAAGAAGUUGUCCUUUGGCUGGAGCAGCUGGGCCCUUGGGCCUCUCUCUACAGAGACAGGUUUUUAUCUGAAAGAGUGAAUGGAAGAUUGCUUUUAACUUUGACAGAGGAAGAAUUUUCAAGGGCACCGUAUACCAUAGAAAACAGCCACCGAAGAGCCAUCCUCAUGGAGCUGGAGCGUGUCAAAGCACUAGGCAUGAAGCCCCCCCAGAAUCUCUGGGAAUAUAAGGCUGUAAACCCAGGCAGGUCCCUGUUCUUGCUGUAUGCCCUCAAAAGCUCCCCCAGACUUGGUCUGCUAUACCUGUACCUGUUUGACUACACAGACAGCUUCCUACCCUUCAUCCACACCAUCUGCCCUCUGCAAGAGGACAGCUCCAGGGAGGAUAUCAUCACCAAGCUUCUGGAUCUUAGAGAGCCCACGUGGAAGCAGUGGAGAGAAUUCCUUGUCAAGUACUCCUUCCUUCCGUACCAGCUGAUUGCUGAAUUUGCUUGGGACUGGCUGGAAGUCCAUUACUGGACGUCACGGUUUCUUAUCGUCAAUGCCAUGUUACUCUCAGUUCUGGAAUUAUUCUCCUUCUGGAGGAUCUGGUCAAGAAGUGAACUGAAGACUGUGCCUCAGAGGAUGUGGAGCCAUUUUUGGAAAGUAUCAACGCAGGGGCUUUUUGUGGCCAUGUUCUGGCCCCUCAUUCCUCAGUUUGUUUGCAACUGUUUGUUUUACUGGGCCCUGUACUUUAACCCAAUUAUUAACAUUGAUCUCGUGGUCAAGGAAGUCCGACGGCUGGAAACGCAGGUGUUGUGACUGGCACUGCCCAGGCUCUGAGAGACUCUUCAGGUCCCCCUGAUGUCUGAACUCAAUGCUUAGGAGCGGGGAGGGAGGGAGCAGACUGCCUAAUUUCUACCCCUAGUAUGACAAGGUACUGCUUUGUAUGUGUAAGGCUCCAAACAGGUCCCUCUGCUUGUGGCAUCACAGCAGCAGGGACUGACAUCCCACCGCAUGAAGGACUGUCUGUCUGGCCAACACAGCGGCAGCCCCCUGCUACCCAGUGCCUUCCUCACAGGGACUUGGGAGGCUCCGUUCACAAAGGCUGGCAAGACUCGGGGUCCUCAGACAACACAGUGUGGGUGAUAUUAGGAAGCUGCCACAUCUGCAGUCCCCCUGGCCUCAACCUCAGUGACUGACAGAGGUUCCCAGAGCCUGAGACCAGGCUUGUGGGGCCAGCCCGGACCUAUAAGUCAAGUUUAGGAAAACAGGGAUGAGAUUUUAUCAUAAGCAUAGACAGUUGCACAUAAAAACCGAGGAAACUCGCAAAUUCAAUCGAUUCUAUUUUAUGGAGGGAGUUGCUAGGUUUCAGAGUAAAAACCUCCGAAAGGCUUCAGUUUGAGAGUAGAAUGACAGUUAGACCCGUAGUCACUUGUUUUUUCAUUGUUUUGUUUUUGUUUUGCAGUCAUUGGAGGUUUGGAUCCCUUCUCAGGGAAGAUUGAUUGGACUGUCAGGCAGUUCACAGAGGGCAGUUCCCAUCAGGCUGAGCUGCCUCAGUGCUACUUAAUCAAUCGUUGUUUGGGGAUUUGUUAGUUUGUGUUUUUCAGAAUGUAAAGUAAACUCCUUUUGUUCAAGGAAAUAUUUUGUAAAUUGUCCUCACAUUGUAUAAUCUUUAUUGUCUUGUCCUGUUCUGAUGUAUAAAACAGCAAGCCUAAUUAUGCCAAGUGCCGUAAUUAUAAAUAUGGAAUGAAAUGAA